AUACAUUAAUGAGAGAGUGCGCUCACUUUCAUCGUCAGCAAUCGUAUGUAUGUAUAUAUAUAAGAAGGUAAAUGAAGGAUUCAGAAUGCACACUGAUCCACGAUGAUUGAUUGCUUUAAGUUAAAAGCGGUGGAAACCGAUGCGAAGCAAAUCGAGCUCCUGAGAACAUGCAAAACUAUUCUUCGCCUUUACGGUUUUUGGCCCAAGGGCGGCUCUAAAAAUGUCUUCUUCAUGUUGAGAUUCAUCUUCAUCAUAAUCUGCUACAACACCAAUGUUGUUGGAUCAAUCUGGCAUUUAGUUCACGUAAUGUGUAAGUAUGAAUGCAUUAUUGGAUCGUGAUUAAUAACGUCAAUUAGCUAAGGAAACUAUUGAUUAUUUGGAAAUCGCCGAUGAUCUGUCCAUCAUCAUCUCAGUAUUGAGCGUGAUGUGCGUCUUCGCCGCGUACAUGGGGAAAUUCGACGAGCUGAAAGAGCUUCGCCAGGAAAUGGGAAAUUUCACGGUUUACGAUAAACCCAAGGACAUCGAGAAACUCGACGCCAAGUUGAACUACGUUUCAAAGAUUUUUCUCGUCUGGUUUCUCGCUUCGUGUGCUUAUCUUUGGACGUUGCUAUUCCUUGAGACAUGUGAGGACGGAUCCAUUGAUAUUUGCGGUUUUCUCAUCGCCGUUUACCUACCUUUCGAUAUUUUCACCUCUCCAUACAGGAAAAUGUUCUUGACUUUUCAAUGUUACACCUGCUUUGCUACCGUCUUAACAGCUUUCUACGUAUCAUAUUCUGUGUUAGGAAUGUGCUCAUUCCUGAGGAAUAGAGUUGACCAUUUGAUUGUUUUGCUAAAGACGAUUCCUACGAUAGAAACUCGAUGCGAACGCAAAUCUAGAAUCAGAAAAUGCGUACUCUAUCAUUACAAAAUAAUUGAAUUGUGGGAAACAUUUCAUGGACUUUACACCAUCAUGUUUUUCAUACACGUUGUUAAUACGCCGGUCACAAUGAGUUUGAUCAUUUAUCAGAUAUUGCAGGUUUUUAAACACUGAAUUUUUGUUUUCAAAAUUUUCUCUUAAUACUCGAAGUUUUAGAAAGUUAAGU